UGAUGUUAAUCACCAUACAAUCAACCAUAUAUCAACCUCAUAUCAAGCCACAUUCCCCAGUCACCAACAUACCCCAAAACAACACCUUUAAUAAAAAAAAAAAAUUCUCUCUACCGCGCAGUUCCGCCCCGUGAAGUUAGCGGUUGGGUGAAGCCUAUGAACGUGGAAGCUGGUGAGGAAGCCACCCUUUCCUGCCACACCACGCCCAGCCGCCCACGCUCGAGCAUCACCUGGUAUUCGAGAGCGGGCGUGCUUCAGGCUACCAACACCAUCUAUUCUCAAGCUGUGUUCGGGGGCACUAUUACAAGAUCGGAGCUCAGUCUCCGAGCGACGGCCGACGACAACGGGCGGGUCGUGACGUGCGUCGCUGAGAACGGCCUCGUUGCCGCCGUCAACGUCAACAUUACCGUCAGCGUCCUUCGUAAGUACAGUCGUUCGUGCGGCGUCCUUCGUAAGUACAUUCGUUCGUGCGCUAAGGAGCUGAUUAUUUGA